GUGAUAUUGAGUUGGUUAGUUAUUUGGUGUAUUUUUCUUGGUUUCUUUUGAUGGAUAUUAUGCAAUGAAUUAUAAUGAGUUGUUUGGGAAAAAUAUCAAUUUAUUUUUUCCUAAUGGGAUUACUGCACAAAAAAGAUUUGGAAUUGCAUUGUCUGGUGGUGUGGAUUCGAUAUGUUUGACGCAUUUAAUUCGAGUUUAUUUUCUUCAAAACAAACUUCCAUUGAGGAAUUUAUAUCCGAUAACUAUUGAUCAUAAUUUGAGAAAGGAAAGCUCGAAAGAAGUAGAAAAGAUAGGAAGAGUUUUGAAGAAAAUGGGGAUUAAAAAUCAUUUAACUCGGAAGAUUCAUUGGGAGAGUAAAAAUUUAGAUAAAUUGGAUAUAAAUUUUGAGAAUCUUGCACGAAUUAAACGGUAUAAUAUCAUAAAUGAGAUAUGUUUUGAAAACAGUAUAAAUAAUGUAUUUGUCGGGCAUAAUUUGGAUGAUUUAAUUGAGACAUAUUUAUUGAGGAAAUAUUUCGAUAGAGACAAUUUAAUGGCUAAUCAUUAUCAGAAUUACAAUGGAAUUGAUGAUUAUAGUAUCAAUAAGAUCCAGAAUCAUCAAAUAUUUGGUUUAAAUUGUUUAGAAAAAAAAUCAUUUUUACCAAUACAACAUUUAGUUGAUGAUAAUAAUAUUACUGAUUUCAUUCAUGACAAUGGUAAUAAUAAUACUAAAAAUUUCAUGGAAGAAAAUAAUUUCAAUAAGAAUAUAAUAGUUUAUAGACCAUUGAUAAAUUUUACAAAAAAGCAGAUAUAUAGUAUAGCGAAAAAAAAUCUGUUAAGAUGGUUUGAAGAUAAAAGCAAUUUGAAUCCAGUGAUAACCAAAAGAAAUGAUUUGAGAAAAAAUUAUAUUCCAAACCUAAACAAGAGAUUGUUGAUUGAAAAAGAGAUAAUACCUAUAAAAGCAAGAGUAAUUGAAAUUCGGGAGAAAAUAAAGGAGAUUGAAAAGAAAAUCGAGAUUAGGCCAUAUGGAUCAUUUGGAAGCAUUAUAUUCGUAUUUAAAGAGAAUUUGCUAAAUGAGUAUGAGGAUGUAGUAAUUCAUAGGUUUUUAUUUGAAAAAUUGUAUCGGUAUUCCUCAUCUUUAAAAUAUUAUUUCAAAUUUUUAAGAUUAAAGCUAUUUCUUGAAACAUUUUUGAAUAAAGAAGAAAUAUUUAAAGUGCAUGAUAUUGGAGACAUCAAAGACGAAAAAAUAAUUAAAAACAUUAAAAAUGUUAUAAAAGGAGAUUAUACAGACAUUGGGAAAAAUAAGAAACUAGACAAUAAUGAUGAAAGUGGUGAUAGUGAAACCACACAUAUUGAUAAGUUAUUACUAGAAUUGAAAAAGAAAAAGGAAAAAAAAAUCAAAAUUAUAUUUAAAAAAGAGGGAGUCAUAUUGAAUAUGAAAUUUGAAUUAAUUAAAAAAAAAAGCGAUGGAGAAAAGGUAUACUUAAAAGUUUUUAGGCAAAAUCACAUUAGGCACGAUUUUCCUGUUGUGAAAUUCAAUGGGUUUUCAUUCAAUAAGAUGAACAAAUGGACAGAGUGGAAGUUGUAUGAUAAUCGGUUUUAUUUUAGAUUGAAAUUAAAUGAUUCGAUAUUCAUGUAUUUAGAUCAUGAAGAAAUCUCGAAACUAAACUUUAUUAUUCGUCCCUUUAUAGCCAAGAUGGAUAGCAAGCAAUUUGAGGAUUAUAAAAAGAUGCGAGAGUUGAAGAUAUCGAAAUACCAUCUCCCAAUAAUUUUCACGUAUCUAGAUGAGGAAAAACCAGAUAAGGAGGGCAAUAGCAACGAAAAGUUUUUUGAUGAGAAGUUUGUCGGCGAGAACUUGAAUUGCUUUGGGUUUCCCACCUUCCACUUGAUCAACUCCAAAGAGAAGCCCUUCACAGUAGAGUUCAAGUUGAAGAAGGACAUCUAUGGAGUGAAAUAUGAUGCAGCAAACAACAACAGAGAAGACUUAUAUAGCUACUUGAACAUAGACUGAACAUAGACAAGAAACCAAAAACAGAUCAGACACCACCAGGACGGAUACUGGAUACAUAUGCAGGUACACGCACAUAUGCUUCGUCCACACGCGUGGAUCUGUCGCGACAGAAUCCAGCUUAAAGAGA